AUGGCGUCCAGCAAUCAAGCGAUUGUCGCAAAACUUGAAAGCAUUUUAGCUGAUGCUAAGUUACUUGGGGAGGAGGAUGUCGCAGCUCGAUUGAGUCUGAUGAGGAAGGUUCACGAUGUCCAGCAAGACUUGGAGCUUCCUAUCAACCUUUUUUUCAAGCAAUGGAGUGAUCUGACUGUUUUCACGUGUGUCGACAUCGUGGUCAAGUUGGGUGUGUUCGAGGUAAUGAAGGGCAAAGAUCACGUUACUGCUAAGGAAAUCGGCGAAGCGGUUGGAGUAGACCCGGACGUAAUAGCGCGUGUGAUGAGAGUUCUGGUUGCCGCCAGGCUCAUUGCUUCCACCAGGGAAGACACCUACUCUCACACGAGCAAAUCCCUGAUAUACGUUCGGGGUGCAGGUACCGCGGUCGAUUCGUUCCUAUUACUCACACUUUUGAGCAAAAGUUACAUCACGAUUCCAGAGUACCUGAAGACCCGGCCCUCGGAGGAUCUUCUUGACAUCCGGAAGACACCAUAUGCCUGCGCCUAUGGGAUGGAGGGGAAAACGUUCUACGAGACGCUGUCGGCGAUUCCCGAGCAUCUUGAGAUAUUCAACCGCUCGAUGAGCGAGCCUGGCCCCGAGUACGGCAUAUUUCCAUUUUCUUCUCUCAAAAAAGAGGUGGUCGCGAAUCCAGAAAUCCCUUUCGUCGUUGACAUCGGGGGCGGUAACGGCCAGGCACUCCAUUAUAUCCGAAAAGCUACCAACAAUGUAUUUGGAACAACGUCGAAACUCAUUCUUCAAGAUCGACCCAGCGUUCUGGAGCAGCUUACUCCGGAGCACAAGACAGGAAUAGAGCCAAUGAGCUACGACUUCCAUACGCCGCAGCCUGUCAAGGGUGCCCACGUGUACUACUUGUGUCAGAUAUUGCACAACUAUCCAGACCAUCUCUGCCGCAACAUUCUCAAACAGAUUGCAGGAGCAAUGGCUCCACACUCACGGUUGCUUAUUGUGGAUGCUGUUCUUCCUGCCGAGACGGAGAUUGGGGGUGGUGUCGGGAUGGGCUAUUUAAUCGACAUUGUUGGCCUCGCGAUGGGGGGAAAGGAACGCACUGAAAAGGAGAUUGCGGCUUUAUUGGAUGCCGAGGGCUUGGAGUUGGUAAAAGUGUGGCAUAGUAAGACGAGUUGGCAGGCGGCGGUUGAGGCAAGGCCAAAGGUUUGA